AUGCAUGAUACCUCUCCCAUGAGGACACCCCCUGGCCAGAAGCUUCAUAAAGACAUAAAUGGUCCUUCUGUAGAAUGCAAACUCUACAGAGGUAUGAUUGGAUCUCUGCUAUAUCUCACUGCAAGUAGGCAUGAUAUCAUGUUUUCAACAUGCAUUUGUGCUAGGUAUCAGGCAAACCCCAAAGAAUCCCAUCUAAGUGCAGUGAAGAGAAUCUUAAGAUAUUUAAAUAAGACACCAACUCUGGGACUCUGGUAUCCUAUGCACUCCAACAUUGAUCUCGUGGCUUACACUGAUUCAGACUAUGGUAGAUGUCAAAUCGACAGAAAGAGUACCUCUGGAAGCUGUCAAUUUCUUGGAGGAAAGCUUGUUAGUUUGUCUUCAAAGAAGCAGAAUUGUGUAUCAACUUCCACGACAGGGGCUGAAUAUGUAGUCGUUGCAAGUUGUUGCUCAAAAGCUUUGUGGAUGCAGACUCAGCUACGCGAUUAUGGCUACUCUGUUGACAAGAUCCCCAUUCUCUGUGAUUCUAAGAGUGCAAUUGCAAUAUCAGCCAAUCCUGUGCAACAAUAA